CGCCAACCUCGGCGCAAAUUUCGUGACUUGUCUAUUGUCAUCGAGCACGGCGCGGCUGCACCCGACGUCCUCCAAGCCCAUCACUAGGACAAGAGUUGACUCGCGCGAAUGAGCCAUCUCUACAAGCAUCUCCGCAUCCACCAGGUUUUUGGGGCAAAUACGGAUGUGGGCAAGACCGUCCUAACGACAGCGCUCGCAAGAGUAUCUACUGUCAAAGGACAUAAAGUUUUCUAUCUCAAACCUGUCAGCACUGGGGCUCCUCAGGACGCGGAUGACGAACACAUCAAGCGUUUUGGGGGCCCAAGGCGAAGCGCCAUUGAGACCAAAAGUCUCUUUCGAUAUGACGAUCCCGUCAGCCCUCACCUCGCGGCAAAGAUGCCAUCUGCGGAGGGCAGAGUGGUACCAACAGACGAAACCUUUGUAAACUCCAUUGCUGACUACGUGAGGAGAUGCGCAAGCGAGCCAUCGUACGCUCAUAUGUAUGUGGAGACCGCAGGAGGAGUACAUAGUCCUACUCUUUCGGGUACGACCCAGACCGACGCAUACCGCCCUCUCUUCCUCCCUACUGUGCUGAUAGGCGACUCAAAGCUGGGCGGCAUCUCGUCGACCAUAUCUUCUUAUGAAUCCCUCCUCCUGCGAGGGUACAUCAUUGACGCUAUUCUGCUCUUCCGAGACGAGUACUAUCGCAACUAUGAAUACCUGGCUCCAUUCUUUGCUGAGAAGGGCGUUCAUGUGUCAUCCAUUAAUUCUCCACCUUCGCGGCACUCUGACCCAGAAGAAGAUCGAGCAGCGACAGAAAACUACUAUGCAAGUCUGGCGUCUCCUGAAUCUCAUGAUGGCGUUCUUGGUGUUCUGAGUCAUUUAGAUGAUUGUCACAAGCGCCGCAUCGAAGAAUUGGACUCCAUGCCUCGUCGAACUUUGGACAGUAUAUGGUGGCCAUUUGUUCAGCACGGGCUGGUGAAACAGGAAAAAGACGUCACAGUCAUCGACAGCGCUUGGUCGGACUUUUUCAGCAUUUAUGAUGCCGGAAAUCGUCAGACAGAAUCAUCCUCGUCUUCCCGUCUUCAGCCUCAACUCGAUGGCUCUGCGUCAUGGUGGACACAAGCCCUCGGGCAUGCCCACCCUUCGCUGACGCUUGCUGCAGCAGAGGCAGCGGGACGGUAUGGGCACGUCAUGUUCCCGCAGUCUUCUCAUCUUCCGGCGCUCAAGCUUGCCGAGAGACUCGUCAAAGAUGGACCAGGCAAGGGGUGGGCAUCCAGAGCUUUCUUCUCAGACAAUGGUUCCACCGGAAUGGAGGUCGCUCUGAAGAUGGCGUUGCGCGCCUUCUGUAUCAGCAAUGGCAUCGCCGCGGAGGACCGCACCCGGAGGAACCUAGGCAUUAUCGGUCUGAAAGGGAGUUAUCACGGAGACACCAUUGGUGCAAUGGAUGCGUGCGAGGGUGGCGUUUAUACUUGUGAAUGGCACGAAGAAAAGGGUUAUUGGUUCGAUUCUCCCACUAUUGGCGUUUGCGACGGGAAGGUCACUGUUCAAGUUCCUUCGCCCAUCUUAGAAACAGCCAAAGACCUCCCUGGCACAACUUUCGCUUCCCUGUCAGAGGCGUACGACGUGAAUUCUCGGCUCGAAAGCCCGUUGGCAGGCGUAUACCGUAGACAUAUCGUCUCGGCCUUGCAGAGACUAUCGGAAAUCGAAGACAUACGCCUUGCUGCUCUCGUGCUUGAACCUCUCGUAAUGGGUGCAGGAGGAAUGAUCUUCGUGGACCCUCUUUUCCAACGAGUUAUGGUCGAUGUAGUUCGUGACCCGCAGCUAACUGGAGGCAGUCAAGGUUCCUCGGCGCUCCCUGUCAUCUUUGAUGAGGUUUUCAUCGGUUUCUAUCGGUUAGGAUUCAACUCUGCUUGCCCAGUGCUGGGGGUGAACCCCGACAUCUCUGUUAAUGCCAAAAUUUUGACCGGAGGCCUCAUUCCCCUGGCUGUGACGCUUGCGACUGAAGACAUUUUUAACGCCUUCAAAAGCUCAACGAAGACGGAUGCACUCCUGCACGGCCAUAGUUACACAGCUCAUCCGAUGGGAUGCGCGGUCGCGAAUGCCACUCUGGAUAUGGUCAACAAGUUAGGGGAGAGUGACCUCUGGACCGAGGCCCGAGAGCAGUGGAGAGCCUUCCAAGGGGUGCCUAACGAAGCCCCGAAUCCACUGUGGAGUAUGUGGGAUCCUCACUUCUUGGAAUCAGUAUCCCGCCUGCCUUGCGUGCGGGAGGCUAUGGCCCUCGGCACGGUCCUUGCAUUCAAGCUGGAGGACAAUGACGCAGGUUACGCCUCCCACCUAGCUCAGAUUAAACUGCAAGCACUCAAGGAAAGCGUGCAGUCCUCGACGUUGUCUGCUGCCCCAGGGGGAGCGCCGUUCGGGAUCCACUAUAGGACGCUGGGCAACGUCGCCUAUUUCAUGACUAGCUUGAACACGGAGAGAAAGACAGUUGCUGCUGUGGAGGAUAGGAUUUGGUCUGCACUAAAUACGCAGUAGUUUAGCGUAACGUAAAGUUGCUCCGAAUCUUUCUUGUCCUGACCCAAUCCUGACCACAAGACCAAU